GCAGAAAUGUUCCUUUUGACCUUCAGUGAAGAACAAACAAGCUAGGUGUGCCUGGGGGGGGAGGGGUCACCCCUUUUUCCUGUCCUGGGCAGGCAGGAGGGUGCAGAAGGAAGCCCACCUCUCAGGCUCUCCCAGGUUGCCACAGCCGGGUGGGCUGGCUCCCAGCCGGGCCCCCUCCUCUCUCAGCCAUGCAUUCCCCCAUCUGUCCAGAGUGGGAGCUGCGGGCCGGGCUGGGGAAAAGGCGGAUUUCGUAAUCGAGUUGCUACCGUUUCCGCCAUCAGCCAGCCCCACCUCUCUCCAGGCCCGCCCUCUGUUCCCCCACACCGCCUAGGAGAGAAAACCUUGAAGUCCCUGACGGGAGGACCCAGAGCUGGAGCCCAGAAGCCCCUCAACAUCACCACCCCACGCACGUUUCAGUCCCCCGGAAAGGCAGGUCUUCAAGUUUUGUGCAAGAUAUACCCUUCUGCCUCAUUUGUUCUACACUCCUCUCUCCUUCCCAUUCUCCCAUGGUCUGAGGCACUAUCUAGUUGAAAUUCUUAGGAUUCUACCUUCUCAAGUCCAUCUGAUUCAUUCCAGUGGUUUGUCAAUGCCCAGUGGAGAAUAAGGAGAAAGAGGGGGUCUUCAAGGAAGGAGGACCAAGGGACCAGAACAGGAGCCCUCUGGGGCCUCGGGCAGGGGGACAAAACUGGAACCAUCAGGGAACAUGAGUGAGUUUUGGCACAAACUGGGCUGCUGUGUGGUGGAGAAACCCCAGCCGAAGAAGAAGAGAAGGCGGAUUGACAGGACCAUGAUUGGAGAACCAAUGAACUUUGUUCAUCUAACACACAUUGGCUCUGGAGAGAUGGGGGCUGGAGAUGGACUCUCCAUGACAGGUGCCGUACAAGAGCAGAUGAGAUCCAAGGGAAACCGGGACAGACCAUGGAGCAGCUCCAGGGGCUUAUAGCUCUAAGGGAGAUGGUUUUGCCAUCUUGGAGUUCCCAGUCCUGUGCUCAGCUAAGAAGAAAUGCUGUCCUUUCCUGAACCAAUGACCCCAGGAUCUUCCCCUCUGUCUUCCCUACCUGUCAGUGUCUAGAAGGGCUUGGGAGACUGGACUCCCCACUCUACUACCCUGGUCAAGCCCCUCCUGGAGAUGGGGUCAAGGCAGCAGGACUGACCAAAUGACCACUGGCUAGCCAGAUCUAGCCUUAGAUACCCAACUGACCUGAGAUAGGAGCCCUUAUACCUUCUCCCACCCCUGGGAGGAACCAAGGGUAAAGUCUAGGUUCCUUAAUGAUGGUCUGGGCACUGGGCUGCUCUUUAACUUGGACCCCUAACUUUUUUUUUCUUCAUGGGGUAGAUGAGGUUGCAUUGCCAAAGCUGAACCUGGCUUUGUUGAUUGCUACCUACCUCCACAUCCUCUCCAGCUCCCUUCCUGAAAUGAAGAAAAUUUCAGUCAAGGGACUGGGGAGGACACAACCACCUACUUCUCUCAUUUUCCCUCUUUGGACUCCAACUCCUCAGCUCACAGCAUUUCAGCAUCUGUCUCUGAAUACCUAGGUCUUCUAACAGACCUUUAACCCUGGUUUCUGUAGCAUUAGUAUCUCCCCACCAAUUAUCUCUUCUCCCCUCCACCCCCAACCUUUUUUUAAUUAAAAUGUUAAUUUAAGACCAGUUCUGUUAAUUACUCCCCAUCUAUGCUAGGAACCUUCACAAUCCCCAUUACGUCUACGUUGGAGUUGGGAAUUGGGAGAAACCACCUAUGUGCUAGACAUUUUUCCCUCUGUCAAAUCCUCAGGAUCAUUUACCUCCCCUGCUGGCACAGGUGAGGGAGAGAAUGGAAAAGGAGGUGGGACCUGGGACUACAGAGGGAAGUUAUACCUCAGGGAGGACCUCCUGACCAUCCUGGGAGAGAGAGAGAGAGAGAGAGUGUGCUAUCUUUGAAUUUGUAGGGACAAAGCUCACUACAAAUGUGGUUGGUUGGGAGCAGGGUUCUGUUUGGAUUUUAAAUCCUAUUAGAUUUGAGGUUUGAGGAUGUGUUUUCUUUUUCCCAAGUGAUUUUCUUCCUCAAGUUCUGGCCCAUCUUAGAGUCUCUACAGCUGGGCUGUGGAUAGACUUAGGAUCCCUCGUAGCCAAGGUUAGCAAAAAUUCUACACCUCUCCAAGCCAUGCAACUUUAUUUUACUAUAUAUGUGUGUCUAAUGUUUCUGUGAUAGGUGUAUGUUUGUGUGAUAGUCAUUCUUGCUAAUUGGAAGAGGGUCCCAUAGGGCUAAGACCUUAGUGGAGUACUGGGAUGGGAAGGGUCAAUGCAGUAACGAAAACUCCAUAUGUUUCUCUCAUUUUGUGCAAUACCAGACCCAGGUAAGGCUUGGGAUGAAUUCUGAGAAACCCCCUGCCUGACUAAAGGGGCCAGUGUUGUGUGAAAGAACAAAGUGAUGGGUGUCUUGAUACCUCCAAUCAUUCUCUGGUAUUUCUGCUUUAUUUCUUUUCUAAAAGGGUAGAGAUGUACAAGACUGAGUAAGGCAUUAGAAGCCAAACCUAACACCCUGCCCUCCACUCAACCAAGGGAGAGUAGGCAAUGAGUUAUCUUCAGUCACCCCCGGCAGGAAGGAGGCAGCACCAAGCGAAAAACUGAGAUCAGGCUUUCUCCAUCUUCUAAGUGCUUUGCCUCUGUAUAUAUUCUGUCUAGAGGCCCUUGAUUUUUUCAAAAUUGCUAUUCCUGCUUUUUUAAAGAUCUCUUUAGAUCUGUGGUGGAUAUGGCACAAUAAUUACCUAGCUCACACUUGGCUCAUCUUUCUGGUUGUUUUGAGGACUAGCCUAGAUUCCUAUCUGGAAAGCUGAGUACAAACUAGGAAUCUCUGCCUGAAAACUGAACUUGGUUAUGGAAGGUGUGAGGUACUGUCUAGUCAGUUUGAUCUGUGAACACUGUUGGGUUUUAUCUCUAGUCUUGGGCCACACUCCUUUUUUUCUUUCCUUUUGAGCUCUCUUACCACUGGCCUUCCCUUUUAUGGAACUCACUUGAUGUUACUUAUGCCUCCCCCAUCACUUCUACCAACUUCCAAAAGUGAUUGGGGUGGGUUUGAGAGUCUUAAUUUAUCAAAAAAACAAAAAACAAAAAAAAAACUGCCAGACUUUAUUAAAUACAUUUUUUCAAAUAAAAAAAAA